CGGGAAAGGGCGGGAAAGAGAGUCGAGCGGUGGUGGGCAGAGGGCAGCAGAGAUGUGUGGAGAAGGGCGGAGGUGGGCGGACGUGCGCGGAGGUGGGCGGAAUCGGGCGGAGAUGGGCGGAGAUGGGCGGAGAUGGGCGGACGUGCGCGGAGGUGGUCGGAGUCGGGCGGACAUGCGCGGAGGUGGUCGGAGUCGGGCGGAGGUGACUGGAGCGAAGAUGGUUGGACCGGAGAUGAGUAGGUGUAGAGGAGAGGGUCGCGUGGACCGCAGAUGGGCCGAGGUGGGCGGAGGUGGGCGGAGGUGGGCAGGUGGAGCGAAGGUGGGUGGACUUGGGCGAAGGUGGGCGGAGGGGAUCGGGAUCAGGAUCGGGAAGCGAAAGUGGAGGUGGCGAACUUGGCACGUGGCGAACUUGCCACAUGGCGAUCUUGGCACGUGGGAGGGGGAGGUGGUGACCUUGCCACGUGGCGAUCUUGUCAUGUGGGAGGGGGAGGUGGCGAGCUUGUCGCGUGGCGAACUUGCCACGUGGUGGGAAGCGGAAGCCGAGGGGGAAGCGAAAGCUGAAGAUGGCCGGAGAGGAGGUGACAGGAGCAAAGAUGGCCGGAGUGCAGGGGAGGCGGAAGCGGAAGCAGGGGGGAUACGUAAGCGGAAGGGGGGGGGAUACGUAAGCGUAAGGGUGGGGGAAACGUACGCGGAAGCGGGGGUGGAGGGAAGAGGAAGCGGAAGGCAGAAGGCUAAGUGGGCAGAUGGCAAAAGCGAAGGCGGAAGCGGAAGUGGGGGCAAGCGGAAGCGGAAGCGGGGCAGAAGUGGAAUCGGAAGCGCCGAGAAAGUGGAAUCGGGAGGGAAGCGGAAGCGGAAGGGGGGGGGAAGCGGAAGCGGGGGGAAAGCGCAAGCAAGGGGGGAAGCCGGGCAAGCGGAAGUGGGGGGAAGCAGAGGCGGAAGCGGAGAGUGGAAGUGGAAGCGGGGAGAAGCGGAGCGGGAAGCGGAAGUGCAGAGAAGCGGGGAGAAGCGGGGAGAAGUAGAGCCCGAAGCACAAGCGAGGAGAAGCGGAAGAGGGGAGAAGCGGGGAGAAGCGGAGCCUGAAGCGCAAGCGGGAAGAAGUGGAAGGGAGUCCAAUCAAUAAAUCAAUCAAUAAAUCAAUCAAUCAAUCAAUCACGU